UGAAGGUUUUACCGGGGCGACUAUCAUAUCGACGUCUGCAUCAACGACUACCUUGACGUCUACUGUCCGCACUACACCGCCCCGGUGGCUGACGAGCGGGCCGAGCGCUACGUCCUCUACAUGGUGAACUAUGACGGCUACAGCUCCUGCGACCACACCGCCAAGGGCUUCAAACGCUGGGAGUGCAACAGGCCUCUGUCGCCGAACGGGCCGCUCAAGUUCUCCGAGAAGUUUCAGCUCUUCACCCCCUUCUCCUUAGGGUUUGAAUUCCGCCCCGGCAGAGAGUACUACUAUAUCU